AUGGAAUUUGAAAAUAGGGAAGAUCGAGAUGGCAUUAGAUUAUCAUGGUCUUCAGUAGCCAAAUCGAAGCUUCAACAUCAACGAAACGUGAUUCCCUUAGGCGCUCUAUAUACACCAUUGAAUGAUAAAAGUCAAGUAGAGCUACUUGACACAUCUCUUUUAGUGGCCUGUCGAAGUUGUCGUUCAAUUCUCAAUCCUUUUGUUUCAGUUGCUAAUGAUGGUCAACUAUGGACUUGUCAGUUUUGUGGCGUAUCGAACCAGCUUGCUCCGAGCUUCGAUUCAAACGGCGAGCAAAUAUUUCAUCCUUCAUUGACACCAGAAUUUACUUGUGUGGAAUAUGAAACUGGUAAAAAAAGCUCCCUACCUCCUGUGUUUUUGUACAUUGUCGAUACUUGUUUUGAAGGAGAUGAUAGGGAAACCGCUUUUGCUCAGUUAAAAGAAAGUUUGGUCAUAUCCCUAAGCAUUUUACCCGAGGAUGCUCUAGUGGGGUUUAUCACUUUUGGGAAACACGUCAAGAUUCACGACUUGGCCUCCAAUGACAACUUGAGCUAUACAUUCAACGGUAACAAAACCUAUACUUUAGAGCAGUUGCGGUCAUCUCUUGGAAUUUUGGGUGCAGGUCUAAGUGCUGCGGGAAUAAAUCAAGCCAUGGGAAGUGCAAUUCACAAUAAUAAUAAUAAUAAUAGUAGUAGUGGUAGUAGCCCGAUAGGGAGCGUCGGCAAGAGAUUCUUACAGCCAGUAGGGUUGGUUGAGUACCAAUUAACAUCUAUUAUUGAGAAUCUUGUACCCAACUUGUUUUCACGUGAUACAUUUAAUGAAAGACCCGAGAGAGCAACAGGGUCUGCGAUAAAUGUGGCAGCGUUGUUGCUAAGAGCCAUAUUCGCUGAUGCGCAUUUGACCGGGGGCCAUUUGAUGGUGUUUACCUCUGGCGUUUGUACACUAGGCCCGGGCAGGAUUGUAGACAGAGAAUUAAAAGUUCCCAUGAGAUCACAUCAUGAUAUAAUAAAGUCUUAUACCACAACCAUACAAGCACCUUCUGUUUCUUCAAAAACAAAGACAGAUAUUUCAUUGUUCAAGCUUGCAAAGAAGUUUUAUGGUGGUCUAGCUAAGAUAUUGAACAAUUUGGGUUUUAGCUGUGAUUUCUUUAUCGGAAGUUAUGAUCAAGUGGGAUUGUUUGAAAUGGAUGAGAUUUGCUACAAAACUGGAGGAUCGGUUGUUUUGAGUGAUUCUUUUAGUACCGCAAUCUUUAAACAGAGUUUUACAAAAUUUUUCAAAAAGCAACACGACUACAAUGAAUACUUGGAUAUGGGGUUCAAUUCUACGUUGGAGGUCAAGGUAUGUUCCGAUUUAAAAGUAGAGGGACUUGUAGGGCAAGCGACCGCCUUGCCCUAUAAUAGGACUAAUCCAAUAAAUGAGAGAAUGAUCAGUCAAACUGAAAUUGGAGAAGCAAAGACAAACUCUUGGAAACUUUGCAGUGUUAAUCCCCAGUCUACUUUUGCAGUUUAUUUUGAAAAACUAGAUAGCACAACCACUAAUCCAACGUGUAUACAAUAUUUAUUUCAUUAUCAGCACCCCAAUGGAGACAUGAGAUUGCGAGUGACAACAGUUGCAAUCAAUGUCAUACCAGAUUCCGAUAGUUUAAACUUGGAAUUGGGAUUUGAUCAAGAAGCUGCGGUAGUGUUAAUUGCUCGUGAAGCAAUUAUCAAGCUACAAAUAGACUCGACAAAUGAUAAAAAGUUUGUCUCAAGUAACUCGCUAUCUAAACUGCUUGAUCAGACUUUAAUUGAUUUUUGCACAAGAUUUGGGGUCUUCACUAUUGGUAGAAUGGAUUCAUUUAGGUUGUCCAAUGCAUUUUCUUUGUUUCCACAGUUUAUUUACCAUCUAAAACGGUCACCAUUCAUUGACGUGUUUAAUAGCUCACCAGAUGAAACAAGUUACAUUCGACACAUAUUUAUGCACGAAGAUUUGUCUAAUUCUUUGCUUAUGAUUCAACCGUCCUUGUUAUCAUACGAUAUAAACACUUGGGGGUCUGUAAUCGAUGACGAAACAGGAGAGACCGUGAAUGAACCAGAACCUGUUCUUUUAGAUUCCAUAAGUUUAGGUCACUCAAAGAUUCUUUUACUAGAUACAUUUUUCCAGAUCUUGAUUUACCAUGGUUCCCAAGUAGCAGAGUGGAGAAAAGCUGGGUACCAUGAGCAAGAAGAAUACGAAUAUUUCAACGAAUUUUUGAAAGCACCCAAAAGAGAAGCAUUGGAAUUAUUGACAGAUAGGUUUCCUUUACCUAGAUUUAUCGACUGUGACGAAGGAGGGUCUCAGGCAAGAUUUCUUAUGGCAAAGUUGAAUCCAAGCACCAGCUACGCAGUGAAUGUUAAUCAUUACUACGGAUAUGGUGAAAGAUUGGAUGUUUUCACUGAUGAUGUUAGCUUGCAACUGUACAUGGACCAUAUUCAAAGAGUAGUCACGUCUAAAAAGUAA